AUGAUCUCCAGAGGCCUUCUACGUGGCGUUCGGAUGUACUCCACAGCUGGAGAGAACAAGGAGCUGGCUUUGUUUUUGUCGGACUUGAUGAAGAGAAUCGACAAGAUCACGUCACAAAAGCCAAAUUUGAAGCAGAACAACGAGGAAAAGAAUAAGCCCACCAAGACCAGACUUUCGAAGCAAAAGGGCAAAUUUCUGAAUGCAAACAAAAAUGCCGGAGGUGAAGCCUCGAAAUCCGCAAAGCCAAGGUUUGCAAGACCAGUCCAAAAAAACGUGAAAAUAAGCGUUAGCGACCAUCCGUUGAGCUCCAACGUGUUCAGUCUCAUGGACGAGGGCAAUUUCAAGAGAAGAAGUUCUGGGGAAAGAAGAAGUGACGGUCAAAGUCGGGGUCAGAGAAGUGACCAAAAAGGAAAACAGAGGCUUGAGAGUCGUCCGCAGAAGCACACUGGCCCUAGACCCCAAGAGAGGAGCCAAGAUGGCCAGGAAAGAAGACCAAGACUUCAGAACAGAAGAAACACUUCAAGAGACGCCUCCAACAAGUCCAGCAGGCCCAGGAGCUUUGUCAGUAGAGAGGCCAAGGUUGAUGUUGAGGCGUCUAGUGAGGUCACAUCAAAAGAAGUUGAGCCUGAGGUGCGUAAGCCUUCUAUCAACGGUGACACCUUCUUCUACGGAAAGUCUGCGGCAUCCUUGUUUGGCACCUCGUCUAGAGUGUCUGCUGUGGCCAAAGAAACCCUUCUCAAAUCGCGUUACCCAUACAAGUUGCCCAAGCUGAUCAUCGACAGCGUCACUCCCGGCAUUCACGGCAACAAGUUCCUUUUGCAGAAGGAUUGGAACUUGGACGUGAACCCCGAAGAGCUCAAGGGCAGAUUGAACGAGGUUGUGAAGGGACAAACGGAGAAGUUGACCGUGGACAAGAAGAAGACGCCUCAGAAUAUUUUGCCUGCCAUGGAGGCAGCAGCCCAGCAGUUGGUAAAGAACGGAACGUACUCGAUGGCUCAGAAGAAGAUGGUGUUGGACGCUGCCAGUGGCUUCACCUCCCCCAAACAGUUGCUUGAAAAUGCUCACUGGUUGAAAUAA